UCCGUUACUAGUACAUGACAUUUGAUGAUAAUCCAAAAAAACCCCCAAAUUUUCUCUCCCCAAAAACCCUAGAAACACCUCUGCAAUCUCCGGCGAAUCUCCGAUGGCCAGAAAUCGUCCAAUUAGGGCACUAAACGUUGCAGAGAAGCCGUCAGUGGCAAAAGCUGUUUCCGGAAUUUUAUCAAGUAAUCAAGCGAGGGUGAGAGAAGGAAGGUCUAGGUACAACAAAAUCUUCGAGUUUGAUUAUACAAUUCGAGGUCAGCCAAUUCAUAUGCUUUUCACUUCCGUUACUGGUCAUUUAAUGGAGCUCGAGUUCGACGACCGGUAUCGAAAAUGGCAUUCUUGUGAUCCUGUUGAGCUCUAUCAAGCUCCUGUUCGCAAAGGUGUUCCUCAGGACAAGGUGGAUAUCAAGAGAACACUGCAGCAGGAAAUUAGGAGCUGCCAGUGGCUCAUACUGUGGCUUGAUUGUGAUAGGGAAGGAGAGAAUAUCGCAUUUGAGGUAAUUGAGGUUUGUGCAGAAGUCAACCCCAAUUUAAAUAUGUGGAGAGCUCGCUUCUCUGCGUUGAUCGACAGGGAAAUUCAUGAGGCAGUACAGAACCUUGAUCGUCCUAAUCAAUCGUUUGCUGAUGCUGUAGAUGCGAGGCAGGAGAUAGAUCUACGUAUUGGUGCUUCUUUCACUAGGUUCCAAACCAUGCUUCUUAAAGAUGCUUUCAACUUCAAUUUUGCUACUGAUGACAGAAGUCUUGUUUUAAGUUAUGGUCCAUGUCAGUUUCCAACACUUGGCUUUGUUGUGGAAAGGUAUUGGGAAAUACAAGCACAUGAACCUGAGGAGUUUUGGACUAUCAAUUGUUCUCACAACUCAGAGGAAGGAAUGGCUAAUUUCAGUUGGAUGCGUGGCCAUAUUUUCGACUAUACCUGUGCAGUUUCUAUUUACGAGAUGUGUGUUGAGGAGCCAAUUGCUACUGUCACAAUGGUUAGACAACAGGAAAAACUUAAGUAUCCUCCUUACCCUCUAAGUACAAUUGAGCUUGAAAAACGUGCGUCACGAUACUUCAGGAUGAGUUCAGAGCAAACCAUGAAGGUGGCUGAAGAGCUAUAUCAAUCUGGUUUCAUCAGUUAUCCUCGUACUGAGACUGACUCUUUCUCGGCUAGGACUGAUCUGCAUGCAAUUGUGCAAGAACAACAAGCACAUCCGGUGUGGGGCUCCUAUGCACAGCGGCUAUUAGACCCUGAAGCAGCACUUUGGAAAAAUCCAGGUAGUGGGGGCCAUGAUGACAAAGCUCAUCCACCCAUUCAUCCAACAAAGUUUUCUGCUGGAGAGUCUAGAUGGAGCCAAGACCACCAUAAAGUCUAUGAGCUGGUUGUUCGCCAUUUCCUGGCUUGUGUCUCCCAGCCAGCUGUGAGCGCUGAAACUACUGUAGAAAUUGAUAUUGCUGGUGAAUUGUUUUCUGCAUCAGGAAGAGUGAUACUUUCUAAAAAUUAUUUGGAUAUUUAUCGUUAUGAAAGCUGGGGAGGUUCUGUGAUUCCAACUUAUAUGUUUGGACAACAGUUUACGCCAACUACACUGACUUUAGAUUCGGGAGUGACCAGGCCACCGCCACUCUUAAGUGAAGCUGAUUUGCUCGGUUGCAUGGACAAAGCAGGAAUUGGUACUGACGCAACCAUGCAUGAUCACAUCAAGAAGCUGUUGGAUCGUUUCUAUGCUGUGAAAGACGCAAAUACUCGUUUUUCACCAACUAAUCUUGGUGAAGCAUUGGUUAUGGGAUAUGAUGACAUGGGAUACGAGCUCUGGAAACCUUAUCUCAGAUCCAAAAUGGAGGAUGAUAUGAAAGCUGUUAGUUUAGGCAUCAAGAGAAAAAUUGAAAUUCUGGCUUCUUGUUUGCAGGAAAUGAAAGCUUGUUUCUUAGAUACUAAGCAGAAUAAAGUCAAACUCUUUGAAGCCAUGGAAAUAUUUUUUGACAGAACGAAUAGGCCUGGUGUAGAGGAGCAGCAUGCAAUAGGUGAAGUUGUUCGUCGCUGUGGCCUUUGUCGACAGGCUGAUAUGGUUCUGAAACGCAAACCGGAUGGGAAAUUCAUGGUUGGGUGCUUGGGAUUUCCUCAGUGCAGAAAUGUUGUUUGGCUACCUGGAUCUAUAUCAGAAGCGGUUGUGACCUCUAAUACAUGCAACUCGUGCUCUCCAGGUCCAAUCUUCAUGAUUCAGUUCAAGUUUCGGCGCUUGGAAAUUCCUCCAAAUUACAGUGUGGACCACUUAGGUUGUGUUGGUGGAUGUGAUGAUACACUCAAACAGCUAACAGAGAUAUGUGGAACUGGUCCUCGCAAUCUUUCUGGGACAUCUGCUUCAGUGAGAGGACCAACUCCAACCACCUCUUUUGGCAGCAAUCCAGCAAGUAAUGUUCAGCGUGGUGUCUGCUUCCACUGUAGACAGGCAGGGCAUAAUUCAAAUAAUUGCCCUUCUCAGGUGUCAAUAUCUGGUCGUGCUGGGUCUCGAGCAACAAAUCACACAAAUGGGGGAUCGUCAGUAACAUGUAAUUCGUGUGGAGAACCCUGCGCAUUGCGGACAGCUAAUACUGAAAACAACAGGGGUAGAAAGUUCUAUUCCUGUCAAUCUCAGGAGUGCAGAUUCUUUGUAUGGGAGGAUAUGAUGAAUGAUGGUGCUCAAGGACAGAAUACUAAUGCAAGAGGCUCAAAUGCUACUUCUGGUAGACAAGGUGGUCGAGGCAGGGGGCGACGUGGUGGGAGGAGUCGUGGGAAUGAUACGACUUUUGUUUCAGCAACAGGUGAACCUGUAUCCGGAGGAAGAUGCUUUACCUGUGGUGAUCCAUCUCAUUUUGCAAAUAGUUGCCCAAACCGUGGCAUGUAGUUUUUGUGCUGUAUCGAAAUAAUCACUAGUUUUUUUCUUUUCUUUUGAUAGUAACUAUCACUGUAGUUUGAUCAUGAAUCUUGUAGCUUAUCUUGUAUAUUUAUGUAUAAAAUGUACAAAUUAAUGAACAAAAGAAAUAUAGUCUGAAAUUAUUUUAUGAA